UGGGUAUCGAAGUUCUUUUCGGCUUGUUUUAGAAGGUUCUCCGACGUGGCCCAAAUCCAACUGGUCACCAGCAACAAGUAGCUGAAGUAACUGUAACCAAGUAAACCUCUCCUCUCGGAAGAGGUACUAACUAGGAAGGAUAAUAUGUCGAAGACAGAUGAGGUCGUAUGCGUUACCGGUGGAAGUGGGUGCAUUGGAUCAUGGCUCGUCCGUCUCCUCCUCGACCGUAAUUACACCGUCCAUGCCACUGUCAAAGAUCUCAAUGACGAGGGUGAGACGAAGCAUCUAGAAGCCCUAGAAGGAGCAUCGACGCGUCUCCGUCUCUUCCAGAUCGACCUCCUCGACUACAACUCCAUCUUCGCCGCCAUCAAUGGCUGCUCCGGCGUCUUCCACCUCGCCUCUCCUUGCAUCGUCGAUCAAGUCCAAGACCCCGAGAAGGAGCUUCUGGACCCGGCGAUCAAAGGAACGCUUAAUGUUCUGACGGCAGCGAAGCAGGCUGGGGUCAGGCGAGUGGUGCUGACAUCCUCCAACGCCGCCAUCAUUCCCAGCCCUUGCUGGCCGUCCGAUAAGAUCAAGGGUGAGGAUUGCUGGACCGAUAUUGACUACUGCAAGCAGAAGGGAUUGUGGUAUUCAUUGUCGAAAACUUUGGCGGAGAAAGCUGCGUGGGAAUUUGCCAAGGAGAAGGGAUUGGAUGUGGUUGUGGUGAAUCCUGGCACCGUGUUGGGCGAUGUCAUUUCGCCCAGGCUCAAUUCUAGCAUGGUGACGCUAGUGCGCCUUCUUGAGGGCUGCACUGAAACAUACGAGAACAUCUUUAUGGGAUCUGUGCAUUUUAAAGAUGUAGCUCUUGCACACAUUUUAGUGUAUGAGAACAAAUCGGCCACUGGUAGACACCUGUGCGUUGAAGCUAUAUCACAUUAUGGUGACUUCGUGGCCAAGGUAGCUGAACUUUACCCUGAGUACAAGGUGCCGAGUUUGCCGAAGGAUACCCAACCUGGGUUGCUGAGGGAAAAAAAUGGAGCGAAGAAGCUAAUGAACUUGGGUUUAGAAUUCAUUCCCAUGGAUCAAAUCAUCAAGGAUGCUGUUGAGAGCCUAAAGAGCAAGGGAUUUAUUUCAUAAACGAAACUGAAGGAUAUGAAACUUAUGAGGAACCUAGUUAUUGUAGAAGUGGUGAGGACAUGCAACCUAAAUGAUAUAGUUAAUGGAUUGUGUUUAAUAUUAUGUACCAGUCAUGCCUCCGUGCAAUCUGUAUAUGAAUAAAUAAGCAACAUUUGAAUGUUCAUAAUCUUUUAUGAUGUGGUAUAACAUGGGUGAAAGGAUGAGUAAACAAUACAAGUACCGGCCCGAGUGGUUAAGAAUUUGACCCUUGUUGGAAUUGUUCUCAUUAUGGUUCUGCUAUCUGUGAAAUUUCCUUCGAUGCAUAUCAAUCUCAGGUUCUUGCAAUUUUCUUAUUGUGCUGUUUUAGGCGGUCUACAAGCAGCCUGUGUUGGCUGUGCUGGUUUUGCUGCAUUUUCAGUGCUGAUAGAGAAGUUUUUGGAUAGACAUGAUUGAAUUUGAGGGCAUUUCUAUGUUGCCCCAUUUUUGCAGACUAAAAGUGCACAGAUCAGUAGGAGAGAAAUAGCAUCUUGGCCUGCAGUAAUACAGAUGUUUUGCUUAGAUUCAACUUCAGCCCUUGUUAUUAUUAUUUAUCCCCUUUUAUAAAGGGAUGUACCAGCUAAAUUACAAAGCCAAUCAUUUUGUAUUAUGUUAUUCUGUUGACUGCAGUUCCAGUUUCAUAAUUUCAACAGAGGAUAUGUAACUGAGGAAAUUGAAUGGAUUAUAGAGAAUGUUUGCU